AUGAACACUCUGAUCGCGUGUGUGGUCGUCGGAAUGGCAGGGCUAGCCCUGGCCGAGCCGCCCUCCGGCUACGCGUACCAAAGGCCGGGCGGCGGAGGUGGAGGCUUCGGCGGCGGUGGCGGCUACUCCGGGGGCGGUGGCGGUGGCUACUCUGCAGGCGGCGGAGGCUUCGGUGGGGGAGGAGGAGGAGGAGGCGGCUACACCCAGGUCUCCUCGGGCGGCUACCAGAGCAGCGAAGGCGCCAACGUCGACCCCGCCCUCCUCGAGCAACUCAAGUCCAUCAUCAUCAAGGAGGAAGCAUCCAGCGGCGGCGGUGGCGGUGGCGGAGGUGGCGGAGGUGGCUACCCCUCGGGUGGGCCCAGUUCGAGCUACGGGGCGCCUCCCAGCUCGGGAUACGGGGCACCCUCGCCGGGCUCGAGCUACGGAGCCCCACCCAGCACGAGCUACGGAGCCCCAGGACUCGGUGGCGGCCGCGUCGUCGGGAUCGACUUUGAGGGGAUUCGCCAGGGCAUCGAGGUCGCCCAGUUGCACCAGGUCAGUCAGGGGAGCGGCGGUGGCUACCCGAGCGGACCCAGCGGCGGUGGCUACCCGAGCGGACCCAGCGGCGGUGGGUACCCCAGCGGGCCCAGCGGCGGUGGGUACCCGAGCGGCAGACCCAGCGGGAGCUACGGCGCCCCAUUCUAAGAUCCAUCAGCCCGA